UAGCUGGAUACAUCUAGAAGCUAAUGCAGUCUCGGAUGUAAUCUUCCAUUUUUAGCGCCAUGAGCGAAUAGUUGGAAAGGUUAGCAUAUUCUUCGUACAAAAUAAAAAAUCACUCAUUAAACUCAGCCAAACAUCUGUAUGGAGAAAAUUUUGACCUCAAUUUUUGUUGAUUUUGCACCAUCACCACACAUAGAUAUGGGGAUGAACAUCGUAAUCUUCACUUUUAUGACACACACACCUAAAUGCCACCAAUACUUUGAAUGGUAACUUCUUUACCGAAGAAGAUCCAUAAAGCUUUCCGUUUUCUUUUAGCACUAUCAAAUCAAGGAUCCCCUACCACAGCCUAAGAAACUUUAGAAGAUCUUGAAGUUUCCUUGUAUCUUUUUGGCAAACACCUUUACAAUUUUCAAUUGUUUCAGUUGCCAUCAAUACCAAUUUACGGGUAAAACACAUUGCAUUAUCAUAUGGAUUAAGCAAUUAAAAAAUGUUCUAAUACAUCAAAUGUUGUACUAAAUACAGAAGGAAGGCCACGUGUUGACUUGGUGACUCACCUUAUACAAAGUCAUGUUCCCCAUUAUACCUUAAAUGGAAUCCUAUGCUGAAAAAUUAAAUGGUUCGUUUCAUUGAACAAUUUUAAAGCACACGACCAAGGUUGGCAAAAAUUAAAAACAAAACAAAACAUGGUUUGCAAAUAUAUUAUAAUAAUCGAUCUAUAUAUAAUCUAAAUCAUGAAUUAAGGAUUAAUUUAAUCAUACAUCUGUUGGAUUACCAUUGGAUCAAACGCCACUUUCAAAGGAACAACAACAACGCACUCCUGCUUUGGUUUCUUUUGAUUGAUUAAAGAUUAAUUAUGUCGUGCAUAUGACGAACCAUUCUACUUUAGCUUGAAUGUUUGUACUUAAUUAAUUAUUAUAUUCCGUACGGCAAUUAAGAUUUCCUUGAUCCACUUGCUCCGUUCUCAUUGGGAAGGUAAUGAUGCUGUGAAGCACAACGUUUAACUAAGACAAACGAAUACGGAGGAUAGCAGACAUCACACUAAAGAACACAGAGGAAAAAUUAAAUUCAAAUUCUCAAUGAUAAUACCUAUUAGAAAAUUUAUUAAAAUGGCCCACUAAAAGAUGGUAUAAAUCGAGCAAGAAAUCGAGCAUCAUAUGUCACAGAAAUCACAGAUAUAAAAAGUAGGAUUAACAUAUCGAAGGAGUUAAAGUGAAAAUCAUGGUAGCUAUGAUGGGUUCCCUCUCAACAGAGAAAGGGUGGAGGAAAGGCCCUUGGACUCAUGAAGAGGACAAAUUGCUAAAUGAAUAUGUUAGCUUGCAUGGGGAGGGUAGGUGGAGUUCGGUGGCUAAGUUUACAGGCUUAAAUAGAAGUGGCAAAAGUUGCAGGUUGAGAUGGGUAAAUUAUUUGAGGCCUGGUCUCAAGAAAGAUCAGUUAACGCCUGUGGAAGAAGGAAUCAUUAUUGAACUACAUGCAAUUUUGGGUAACAAGUGGUCUACAAUAGCGAAGUACCUCCCGGGUAGAACUGAUAACGAAAUUAAGAACUACUGGAGAACUCACUUCAGGAAGAGAGACAAACCCAACCACAAGAAGCUAGACAGUGGAAAAGCAUCAAAGGUACUAAAACAGUCGAAACAAAAGCAACAACAAGAACAGCAACCUCAGGAUCAAGAUAUAAAAAACAUCACGUCUCAUGAGAAGACCAAAAAUAAUGAAACAAAAUCCUCAGAGACACAACAAAACGAGCAACAAGGGAUGGGUGUCAUGCACCCAACAAUGGAGCACCAAUAUAAUCUCCCUUUAAUGUAUCAGGAAUUAUCAUCCACGUGGCAAGAUACUAUUAGAGCAGAUGAUAGCAUAUGGUGUAGUUUAUGGGAUUUCAAUGAACCCCAAGGAUUUGCCGAUUAUUCAAAGCAGUUUUGCGAAUGUGUCGUGCCAAAUCAACCUACCUUUGCAGAUGAUGGAGGGGAUUCGAUGCAAAACCAAGAUAAAAUUUCUUGUUUUGAUUAUACUUACGAUAACCUUUUCUACGGAAAACACAUGUUUGGAUGA